AUGGACGCCCAAGCCUACUUACUCCGACACGGCUGGUCCGGACCAGGCAAUCCGCUGAACCCCAACCGCCGACCCGGCACGCACGCCGGCCUAGGUCUUACGAAACCGAUUCUUGUGGCGCGACGCCAGGGCAACGAGGGCGUGGGAAAGAAAACGACCAAGGACCCGACAAAUCAAUGGUGGUUGCGCGGGUUCGAGGAUGCGCUGAAGGGAGUGGGACAGGCGAACAAUGCCGGAGCGCGGGGUGGUGGCCCGGCGCCUAAUGCAUUGACGAGUGAGCUUUAUCGGUUCUUUGUGAGGGGGGAGGUGGUCCCCGGUACGCUUGGGGAGGGGGACAAGAGUGCAAUGAAGAACGCGGAUGAAGCUGUGGAGAAAUCGGCGAGCAAGAGGAAGAAGGAGAGUAGCAGUGUGGAUGGGGAGGAGUCGGAGGAGCUGAGAGAGGUCAAGAGGGCGCGUAAGGAGGAGAAGAAGCGUCGUAGGAAGAUUGAGAAAGUGAAGAACGGUACGGAUGAGAUUAAGGAAAGCAAGGAGGAGCGGCGUCUACGGAAGGAGAAGAAUAGAAAGAAGGAGAAGGAGAAGCGAAAGAUUGAGGAUCGUUCGUCUUGCAAGGAAAUGAAACGGGAGAAGAAAGAACAUAACCCGGAGGAGGACUAUCCCACACCGAUCUCGAUGGAGCAGGGUUCGAUAGAAUUGAGUGGACAGGGUGAUUCGACCGAUCCAAAGGAUCUGUUGAAGAAGGACAAGAAGCGGAAGAAGCAGAAAGCAUCUACAACCGAGGAGAACACCAAAUCGAAGUCGAAAAAGUCCAAAGAUGAAAAAAGGACAGUGCGAGUUUGA